AUGACAAACAAGUUAGGCCCGGCCCAACAACAACAGCAGCCAGGGCUUAUCAAAGUCAAAAUCAACUCUCCUUCGAAUCUGAUUCCUUUCAAUUGCAUCUCUCUCACUAAGAGUAUACUUCCAAAUUAUUUUGUUUCACCCACAAAUCUCCCAAUCCAUCUAUCAUUUUCUGGUUCACAUCUAAAGACAGCAGAUCAAAGCUUUGGCUCUGCUAUUCCCACAAACUUGUCAUUCAAUUCUAAUAGAUUGGGAAAAUUGCAUCUUUCUACCUCUAGAAAGCCAGUAACAGUUCGAGCUUCCUACAGUGAUGGUGAAAGGCCAAGCGGUGCAAGCAUCUUUGUUGGAGGUUUUAUUUUGGGAGGACUUGUGGUUGGUGCACUUGGAUGUGUAUUUGCUCCUCAGAUCAGCAAGGCACUAGCUGGAGCUGAUAGAAAGGAUCUGAUGAAGAGAUUGCCUAAAUUCAUAUAUGAUGAAGAAAAAGCUUUGGAGAAAACACGGAAGAUACUGACUGAGAAGAUUGCUCAGCUGAACUCAGCCAUUGAUGAUGUAUCUGCGCAGCUUCAAUCGGAAGAUGCCCCGAAUGGAGUUGCUGUGAACUCUGAUGAAAUUGAAUCUGCCAUAUGGAUGAACUAGUUCGCUAUAUUAUUCAGAUUCUGGUUUAACACUUUAAACUCGUAAUGUUAUCCUUGAUAUGAAAUAAUAUGUGAAUCUAUUGUAAUCUUCCCGUUUUCCGGUAAGCACUGUAACUCAGUCUCUUCAAUAUGUUUUACACUACCCA